CUCUCGAUUACAACUUCCGUGUUGACAGCAAAUUACACUCGAUGAAAAUUACAGGUGUAGUGGUGACAGGUAAAAAGUAUAAGUUUUUCCCUAAUAGAAGGGAGAAGAGACAACUGAUUAUCAAUUUUUAGAUAAAAUUCAAUCAAAAUGCCUUUGUUUGGUGGUAAAAAGAACAAAAGUAAGGACAAUUUAACAGAAAAUCAGCAAAAUUCAACCGCUGGUUCGCCGACACGCCCCAGAAAUGAAACACCUUCAUCAAAUGGCACCGCGAAAAAUGAAGUGGUACAGAAAAAUGAUACACCCCCACCUCAAGCAAGACCAAAACUUGUGUUUCACUGCCAACAGGCACAUGGCAGUCCAACCGGUAUCAUCUCUGGAUUUACUAAUGUGAAGGAAUUAUACCAGAAAAUAGCAGACUGUUAUGAUAUGAAUGUGGAAGAUAUAUUAUUUUGUACAUUAAAUACACACAAGAUUGAUAUGACCAAAUUACUAGGAGGACAGAUUGGUCUAGAAGAUUUCAUUUUUGCACAUAUAAAAGGGCAACCUAAGGAAGUUGAAGUUACAAAAUCCGAGGAUGCAUUGGGACUUACAAUAACAGACAAUGGUGCAGGCUAUGCCUUUAUAAAACGUAUUAAAGAGGGAAGUAUUAUGGACAAAACACCUUUAAUUGCUGUCGGAGAUCAUAUAGAAAAAAUUGAUGGAAAAAGUUUAGUGGGUUGUCGGCAUUUUGAAGUUGCAAGAAUGUUAAAAGAAAUUUCCAAAGGACAGACAUUCACCAUUCGGACUGUUGAGCCGCUUAAAUCAGGUUUUUCAUUUGUUGGUCAAGCAACGGGCAAAAAGGGCAGUAGCAGUUUAGGUACAGGAAAACAGACCCUGCGAAUCAGUUCUAAAGGUCAAGCUAAGGUAGAAAUGGCUGAAGAGGUUGUUAGUACUGCGACAGACAAGAUAAAUGGUUUACUGGAAUCCUUCAUGGGUAUCAAUGAUACUGAUCUAGCACAUCAGAUUUGGGACGCAGGCAAAGACAAGGAUAACCCGCAUGAUUUCACACUUGUGAUCGACAAUUCAGAUUUAGCAGAAUUCGGUUUUACGGAUGACUUUGUGUUUGAUCUUUGGGGUGCUAUAUCGGACGCAAAGUCGGGCAGGCUUACCAAACCAAGUGUUCAAGAAUUUACCGAACAGUUCUAACAAUCACAUUUUGUCUGUUUUGUGCCAAUGUGACCUUUUUUGAUGUAUUGGUGUAGAUGUUAGUGAAUGGUCAUCAGUCAUACUCACAGUUUUCAGAAUGAAUGGUUGCUAUGGUUACCAGAUAUGAUAUCUCAUUGUUAGGGAACAAGCUAAUUCUUGGUUACUGAACAACUCCUGAUUUAGUGCUGAAGUUUCACACGUAUUUAUAGACUGCUCAAUAAAAAUCGGACUAGCAUUUUAAAAAACUGCUAUGAAAAUCCGCAGAACUGAAAUUUUCUUUCAGUAAUUAAGCAUUGAUAGGUUGUCUCCCUUGUCUCAGAAUGCAUAGUCAAGAAAUCCUGGUAAAGCUGUAUCCCAAAUAUAGACGUAGUCAAAGUUCAUCAUUGUGUUUUUUACAUAUAUAUAUUGUUUAUCAUUUGUUACGCCCUUUACACACAAGGUUGUUAUUGUGAACUGCUAGAUAAAGGAACCUUGGGCACUUUUAUGUAAUGCGAAGUUCAUGGCCAGGAGAUUAAAUGAUGUCAUUGUUGCUGUGUUUUGCAAAACUCUGUAAAUCGAAAAUUUAUCAUUUAUCUGAAUUGUCCUUUAAAAUGAUCUCCCUGUCUUAUGUUAUCAGCUUUAGUAAAUAUAGAGAAAAAAGUUUUAUAUAUACAACAAUAGUUUUGAAUAUGAUAUUUUUUUUUUUAGUUUGAAGUAGUCCAAAGAUAUUUUUAGAUUUAUAUCAGAAUGACGAUCCCCAUGAUUUCAUACUUUAUUCUGUCUAUUAAUAUUGUUCAUUCCAGUAUAAUUCAUUGAACAGUUUAAUUGUAUAAUUUAAUGGUGACCAUUAGUUGAUAUUUAAUGUCUACGUAAUUUUUUUUUAUCUUCAUAUUUUUAGCAAAUAAAGGAUGUCUUUUAUAAGGAUAGUAAACAUGAUUGUCACAUAUAAAAAAAAAUGUACAGAAAAGAUUAAUUUACAUAUGCAUAAACAUAUCAGUAAAACUCUUCGUGUAUGAAGUAAUAAAAUAAAUUGACUGAACGUUUUACCUUGACAGUUUCCAAGUAAUUUUGCAUUCUCGGAAACAUGUUUGUGUUAUGAAUCUAGAUUUAAAAUAGAUUCAGUGUAUCAAUAUUUGAUCAACCCACAAGGAUAGAUGAUGUUUUCAUAUUGUUUUAUGUCAAGACAUGCCUAUGUAAUAGGUAUAUACUGUUGUAGAUGUAAACACCUACAGAAUCAAUUCAGAGGAAAUGGCUUCGAUCUUUUAGCUAUUUUUUAUGGUAAUUUCUUUGAAAGCAAACUUGCUUUCUCUGUGCUUAAAUGAGUUCUUGCUUUUCUGUUUUUCUGUUGUUAUGUAAGAAGCAAUUAGUUAAUCAAGGUUGUGAUAAAAUGUGAAAAUCGGUACAUGUACCCCACUAACCACUUACUGUAAAAUCAAAUUAUGUAUAUAAGCUCAAGUUUGAGAAUAUUUUAGUCAAUAUUUUUAUUGUAAAUAAGAUUUUAUACUUGUUAAAUUCUGUUAAGCACCCACCUUAUUUGAUUUUGUUCCAUUAGCGUUUAAUUAGAACUCUUAAGCUUAUUGAACCGUAGCGGAAAAUUUAAAUUCAUGGUCUUAAUUGUUAGUCAUGAGUUUAUGUGUAUUUGGAAAAAACGUACUUGUUUCAAUUUCUUUAAUGUUGGUAAUGUUACUUUUUUGAAAGUGAUGGAAAAUCAUGUUAAUAGGCAGUAUUUUAUUGCAGGCUUUAAAUGUUGCUUUAAAAUUUCAAGACUUUGAUGUGUUUCAAACCAUUCACAUCAAACACUUAAUUAUUGUUUGGCUGUAUAGACUAUAUUCUUAUGAAAAACAUACACUUACUGUUUAGUUUCUACAAUUUCUUUUUUGCUUAUUGUACAUGUGUUAUUGUUCUAGUUGAAACAAUUUAACUUUGUAAAUUUGGGAAAAUGGGCAUAACUUUUUAUUGGAGAUUUUCAUCUUGCUUAGUGUAGAGUUUUCAACAAUUCCCAUUAGAAAGCCGUUUACAAAAUUUUGCUAAAGUCACUUCUGUAGCCGUUAUUAUUCUAUUUUCCACCUACCCAUUUAUUUUCAUACAUACAUCAACUGCCAUUUUGACAGUGUGUUUUAUAUUAUAAUUCAGUAUGAUAGAAACUUACUAUCUAUAGAGCCAAACUCAUCAACAGUUCAGGUGUAAAAUUUAGACUAUGACUUUAAUAUGCUGAAUUUUCUUUUUGCUUAGAUUGUAAUGAAACUUGGCAUAAAUGUGUGCUCAUCAGCAACAAACAUCUCUGCAAAAUUUCAUCAGGAUAAAUUUGCUAAAAAUAAAGUUAUGGCAAAUUGAAUAUUAGCAAUUUUUAACUCUUAAGUUUCAGUCUGUAGUCUUUUGUAUACACUUGAAUAAGGUCAUGAUGCUGCAUAACUUUUCUGCGUAUUUGGUAAAUGAUGCUGAACAUGUUUUGUGCCUUUAAAUAGUCGUGCAGUCUUAUAUCAACCAUUGUUAAUCACUAUAUUUUUAUCAAUUAUUUGUUGUGUGUUAAUUUAUUGUAAAACAUUCCACAGACUUACAUUCUAUUUUUAGCGUUGUGCAUUGUGAUAUAUUUUUGUGAUGUGUUUAUUGCAUAUUUUAAAGAAAAUGUCAAGUAAUUUUUACUAUACUUAGUAUGUUUCUUCAUUUUGGAAAUGGAUUACAUACCACAACUGUGUCACUUCUAUCAAAAUCAAAAACACAAUUUUGUUGAAAAUUUAAUAGAACAUAAAGUAAUAUUAAAUGUGUAAUUUUGAGAUGAGGAGCCAAAUAGAAUUUGCAUGAUUAUCAAAAUAUUAAAAGCUUUUUGUUUGAUCUUUGACAUGCUCAUGUUUUUAUAAAUAAGCAUAUAACUACAAUUUACUGAAAAAGUAAAAAAACAAACAAAACAACAUAGCAUUUUUGUCAGGAUAAUUGGGAAGUAUUUGUGUGUUACAGUGUAAGAUCAAAAUGUAAAUUACUGUGUAAACACCAUAUGCCCUAUUUUCAUUAUUGCAGUGGCCGCAAACGGUGUCCACAAGUGAAGUUCAUUUUGAUCUUACAUACUGGUACAUAGGCAAUACAUUUUAUUGCUUGUCUUUUCAGUGGUUUUAACCAAGUUGUACCCUUUUUAUAGUUACAUACCAGUGAAAAAUGUAUUGGAUACUUUUCACAGGAAAAUUACCAGAUAUAUAUUUCACUGUUCUAUUUCAAAAAUUCACCGUAAAACAUGAAGCUAAUAUGUGUUUUUUGGUUUAUACUUAAAAAAAAAUAUUGUUAGAAGGAAGAAGGCAUUGACCUAAGAUAUUUGUAAUGUUUACAAACCAUAAAAAUCCCUUUCUUACCAUGGGUCCUUUUACAAGUAUGAUAACUCAUAUUUGAAUACUUCCACUUAUUUGUGUAAUAGCAUAUGAAGAUUAUGAUGGUAUCUCAUCAGAUUACCUUUACCCCUUACCGUGCUGGACACAAUUGAUUCUGCCUUUGCGACCAGUAUAGAUCAUGAUCAGCCUGCACAUCCAUGCAGUCUGAUCAUAAUCUGCACUCUUCGCCAUUCAGUCAGUAUCUUUUUGGUAAGCAUCCCUGGUACUGUCCGAAAUGGAAGAUGGACAAGUUUAUUAUAGAAAUUUAGCAAGGUAAGGGUUAGAGAGGAUAAGAAAGCAUUGAUCAAGACAAUAAAAUUAGAUAUUGUUCUGUUCAGGUUGAUUUAUCCAUUUGGAUGAUUCUAGAAAAUUGAUAAUCAUUGUAAUAAAUACUGCAAGCAGGUGUUUUUGUGAUGAACAUAGCAAAAACUGUCAAUAAAAAUCAUUAUUUUAGAACA